CGGCCCCCACGACUCGCUGCCCUCCCGCACUUUUUACUGCCGCUGGGUACCGUCUCGAUCGAUCGAACUCGCACCUGGCACGCACGAGCAACUCGGUUCGCAGCAUCGGCGACCAUCAUGGCGCAAGGCAAGGAGGUGAAAACCCGACCCGACCCCAAAGUGGAGAUCCAGGAGAAGGGCGAGAUCUUCUUCUUCUACCGGCCCAAGGUGGACAAGGACGAGGCGCGCAGCCCCGACGACGUGCAGCGGAUGUACAUCGUCAUGCGCCCCGAGUCCGGCGAGGAGAAGCAGGCGCCAGACUCCGGCAAGGAGGGAGGCGAACAGCAGCACGACGGCGACGGCGACGGCGACCAGGGAGGAGGAGGAGGAGGAACAAGCAAGGAAGCCCACGAAGGCGGCCACGGCAAGGAGGAGGUGAACAUUGAAGAGCAGCCGCUGCUCCGGCUGGUGGUGAUGGGGAAGAAGAGCCUGCCGGACCCGGCGAAGCGCAGCCGCCCGUACUGGGGCUACGUCGAGCUCGUCACCACCAAGGUCCAGGACAUCAAGGACGCGCUCAAGGAAGAGGAGUACAGCACGGCGACGCGGGCGCUGGGCGAGGGCGUGUACCGCAUCCUGAAGCACGACUCCGGGGGGCGGCGCCCGCACACCCACCUCGUGUACAAGCUGGAGCUCCCCUCCCGCGGCUCCGGGGAGCCGCAGGAGGCGAUGAACGUGGAGCCGGAGGCGUCCUUCAUCGUGCAGGUCAAGAACCCCAACCCGCCAUCCGGAGGCCGCAGCGGCGAUGGGGGGUUCCGCGGGCUGCAGAACAAGCGGAGGGCGGCGUUCCCAGCGCACCUGCAGGGCGCGUUUGGGAGCCGGCGGUACGCGCCGGCGGACCCGCUGGGCCUGCUCAACUACGAGGGGUGCGAGCUGCUGCUGAUCGCGGCGUCGGACGACGUGGAGGAGGAGCUCGGGCUGGAGCUGGAGGGGGAGGUCGGGGCAGAGGCGGAGCGCGGAGAGCAGGGCGCGGCGGAGUGCUCGGACCUGGUGAAGAUGUUCGGCGAGGUGGCCGACGUGAAGCCGCUGCUGAGCGGGAGCUGGGACUAAGCGGAGCAUAGCAGAGCCGCUAGCUCGAUAAAUAAUAAUAAUACUAGUUACGUGUC